AUGAAAGAAGAUAUCAGAUGGAUUAUAGGGAAUGGAGAAAAAAUAUCAGUCUGGUUUGAUUCUUGGAUUGAAGAGGGUGCCUUAAUAGAUAGAUUUGAACAUCAUAGAUAUGUCAAUGAAAAUAAACACUUGAAAGUUUCAGACAUCUUAUCAAAUGGUGAGUGGACCAUCAAUAGUGAACUUCAUCAGAUCUUUUACAAUCUUCAAAUGCCUGUUAUAAUGGGGGGAGAGGAUACUAUGGUUUGGACAAGAAAUUUAAAAGGAGAAUUCUUGACUGCUAUGGCAGUUGAUAAAAUGAGACAUAAAGAACAACCAGUUCAUUGGUCCAAGAAGAUAUGGUCUCAGUUUCUACAUCCUUCAAUAGCUAGUAAUGUUUGGAAACUCAUUCAGGGGAUAUAUGUGGAUGAUCAGAUAAUGAUGAAGAAUGGAUAUGAAGUUGUGUCAAGAUGCUGCAUUUGUGAAGCUGCACAGGACAGUAUGGAACACUUGCUAUGGGAUUGCAGUUUUAGCACAGAGAUUUGGAGGUGGAUUUGCACCAUAUUUAAGUUCAACAAGUCAAAUUAUUUUGAAGACAUAUGGAAGGGAGCCACUAAUUGUAGUCCUCUGAUUAAACAUGUAUGGAUAAGUGCUUCCUGCAAUAUUCUAAAGGAACUGUGGUUUCAAAAAAAUAAAAGAUUCUUUGAGAAUAUUAAACCCAGUAUGCACAGGUUCAAAAGUAGAAUAAUGAAGCUAGUAAAUGAAGGGGGAUUAAGAAUAACUGGCACUAAAUGGAAUCAAAAAUAUGAUUUAGAGAUUAUUGAUAAGUUUCAGUUAGGAUCAAGAUUGUCCAUAUUUCAGCUUAUUAAAACAUGUUAUUGGUUCCCUCCUGAACAAGAAUAUGUAAUAUUCUGCUGUGAUGGAGCUUCAUUUGGUAACCCUGGGUCAGCAGGCUUUGGAGUUGUAGUUAGAGAUUCAAACUGUCAAGUGUUAGGUGCUCUCUCUGGUGGCAUUGGAAUUGCUUCAAAUUAUCUAGCAGAAUCUUAUGGGAUCAUGUGUGCAUUGGAACUGGCUGUGCAAUGGAAAAUGAUGAAUAUUAAUUGUCUCAGAUUCUAA